GAUAACGACCGCUGUCCGUCGUGCCCGUGUGGAAAGAUAAUAUAAUAAUAAUGCAAAUUAUUAUUGGCAAUAAGUAAUCCCGCUCACCGCGGUUGUAGACUGUAGUAGUGUAGUGUGGUGGUCGGUCGUCGCCGCGUUCGCUACUCCUCUUUGUCGUCGUCGUCGUACCUAAAAUAUAUUAUUAAUUUCCUUAUUCCGUCUUGCCUACAACCGCCGUUCUCAUUCUCAUUUAUUAUUCACGAAUUCAAUAUAAUUAUACCUUUCCCAGUCUUAUUUGUUUUUUUAUUAUACAUGUACCUACGCGACAACGAAUCGAUGAGUGGAUCCCUCUUAGAACGUGCACGCUACCAGUAACACGCGACCAGGAAGAAGGUCGUGCAAACCGAUAUUAAUAAAAAUCCAAAUCUGAUGUAAAACGCUAUAACCAACCAUGGUCGUGAAGAAAGAGUACAACAUUGAUUGGGUCUUGCCCAAACUCAGGAACAGACGGAUAAUUUGGAAUGUUGCGUCUUGCAUCACAUUAGCUGCCGUCGGUAUAUUCAGCAAGAUUUUCAUCAAAUGGUUCAACAAGGCAAAAGUGUACAACCUUGUCUCAUUUGACAAAGCGAUCAAUCGACCCAAGCACAUACCACUCAUUACAGUAUCUAAUCACGACUCAUGUUUUGAUGAUCCUGGUAUUUGGGCUGCACUUGGUUGGAAGAAUUUAAUAAUGUCAAAUAAAAUGCGCUGGGCAUUGGCCGCUAAUGACAUAUGCUUUACAAACCCAUUCUGUGCACAUUUUUUUAUGCUUGGACAAUGUGUGCCGACCAUUCGAGGUGCCGGAGUAUAUCAGGAAGCGGUUAAGUUUGGUGUAGAACUGUUGUCUAAAGGUAAAUGGCUGCAUGUUUUCCCUGAGGGUCGGGUUAAUAUGAGCAAAAACUACAUUCGCCUAAAAUGGGGAGUUGGUCAAAUGAUAUAUGAAUCCCCAAUUAUGCCUAUUGUUGUACCUAUUUGUCAUGUUGGAAUGGAAACUAUAUUGCCUAAUGAACCGCCAUACUAUUUACGAACUGGUCGUAAGGUAACAUUUAAUUUUGGUGAGCCUAUAGAUUUAAAAGGAUUAGUCUCAAAAUUGAAAGAAUCCAAUGUGACUGAGGAGGAAGCUCGUAAAUUAAUUACAGAAAAAAUUGAAGAAGAAUUGUAUAAAUUACAAAAAGACACAAUAUUGUUACACAACAAAUUAAAUUCUUGACGGCCUGGUUUGCGAGUAAUAUUUUUAAAAGCUAAAAAAAACAGAAUACUUAACAGUGUUAUGUAUGAUUAUUAACAAAUUAUGUCUGUUUAGAUAAGUUACAGAUAAUUAAUUUAACUGUAUGUUUUAAUAUUGUUUAUAAGUAGUUUAUUUAACAUCACAUAUUUGUAUGUAUAAACUUAACUGUGCAACCAUUAUGAUUAUCAUUUGGUCCUCAAUAUUAUAUAUUAUAUAUAUAUUUUAUAUUUUCAACAAAUAUUUUUUAUAAAUUUACCUAUUUAAAUAUUUUAAAUAAAAAGUAUAAUCUUAUUUGACAUUCCUAUAAGAAUGUCAAUAAUUUCCGUCCAAUCAAGUAUACGUGAAUGAUAUUUAUUUAAAAUAAUUAAUAAUUAAUAAUAUGAUGUCAUUUAAUUAUAUUUUAAUAUAAAAUAUACUUAGUACUUAAUUUCAACAGAUACUUUUAUCAUGGUUAUUUUAAAAAUGAGCAUGUCUAGUCAAUCUCUUAAUAUUUCUGGGAGUGUAAAAAAAACUUAAUUCAGAAAUUUUUUUGUUAUGAAUAUUAAGAGACUUGAUUUUAAUUGGUUUUAUCUUAACUGUAACACAAAUUCAUUGUAACUCUUGCCAAUAUUUUAUUUACUAAAUGCAAAUUAAAUUGUGAUUUUAUUAUAUUUUUUUUUAUUUGGUUUUAUUGUAAUACUUAUGUAUUUGUCUAUUUAAGAUCAUACACAAUCAUUAUUAUACUUAUAGUUAUUUUAGUAUAACAUUGUGUAUUAUGAAAACAUGAUAUUAUUGAAUUUUUAAGUGGAAGAUUUUUCUAUUUUAAUAAUUUACAUAUAUAUGGAUUGAGCUUAGUGUCAAAUCUAAUAUUGUUACACGGUAUUAUUAUUAAAAAUGUAUGUGGUCAUUGGUUACCAAUUUCGGGACACAUUGUAGUAAUUCAAUAAAUAUGUUAAUUAUCGCUUAAUUUGAAAUCAAUUAUAAUAAUGUUUUUACUUAGUAUAAUAUUGUAAUUGUAAAUAUUUUUGUUACAAAUUUUCAAAUUAUAUUAAUUAAUAAUAAUAAUGCAUAUUUAAUGUAGGUAAUAAUGUCAAUAUAAAUUGUUUGUAAUUCAAUAAAUUCAUAAAUACUUAUAUUAAAUUAUCAUCUACCUAAGAUUUAAUAUGCAUAAUUAAAUAUUUUGUAUACAAAUUAUAAUAUUUUAUAUUUAUCAACUGUGCACAAUAUAUUAAACUGUAAAUAUUGUGUUGCAAAUAAUAAUAAUUUAGACCCGCGUUCACUGUGCAAAAGAACUUAUAAUUGCAAAAGGUCUAUAAUUAUCCGUUUAUUUUGGCCUGGAAUUUUUUGCUCAACUUAAAUUUUGUAAAUUCUACAUAUACACACAACUAUAUAACAUUGCCAUAUAUUCUUUCAAAGUAUUGUAAUUUUUUCAUAAAAAAAAAAAAACAAUAUUUUCUUCAAUAAAUAAAAUGUAAAAAUAUUUUAAUGGAAUAUAUUACACUUAACAUACAUAUUUUCAUUAUACUUUGUUUUUUGGACACUAUCAAUGAUUAUUAUUUUAAAUAUUAAAUUUGUACUAUUUCUCUUUUGUUUUUAAAAAUAUAUUAUUUGCAAUACCUAUAUAUAAAGUAAUUUAGCAACAAAUAUAAGAUACAUUAGAACUGUUAAAUUAGAUUGUAGUUAUAUAAAGUUUAUGAUUAUUUGUUAUUUUAUUAAAAUACUAACCCACUUAAUUCUUAUUGCAUUUUCAUUUUUAGACAUUUUUUUCAACAGGUCUAUAGUUUUAUUGAAUCAAUUUUUUGUUUUAAUAAUGUAUUACUCAUUAAAUGUGUACUACAUAUUUGUAUUUUUUUGAAAAACAAUCAUUCUAUAAAAAUUUGCUUCAAUAAUUAUGGAA